AUGCUUAACAUAUUUAAUAGUGUGUUUAUACUCUACAGACUCUACGCAGAUGCCCCUAAUAACGAUAUUUGGUCUUUCAGAUUCCCUUUGCAUGACCAUAAUAAUCUGUAAAAGACCUUUAGAAUAGCAGAAUUAGCCCCUUUUCUCGAAAUAAUUCAUCAUUUCACUGGGAUUUACAAACUCAAAGCUCAUAUCUUUGUUAACAUGCUCAUCCAUGCAUGGAUUUGGUUCGGUGUUAUUGAAUUUAACCUUCAAAAUGAAUAUGUCAUCUACUGGGUGAUUGUUAGAUCACUCAGCAAAGUCAUCAGACAUUUUUACAAUGCCUACUUAGCCAUGGACUUAAAAUAUGAGAUCUACUUAAUUGAUUACUUAAGAAUGAGUUCCUACUACAUAAUCUACGUCAUUGAAUACUUCCUAUCCCUAAUUUUAGUCAUCUAAACCCUCCCAGUCAUUAAGGAUGGUCAAAUGAUGACAUAGAGGAUGCCAAAUUUCUUCAACUUCGACUUUGACUAUUAACUAGUAUAUUUCUUUUACAUAUGUGCAAGCAUCCCUUACUUCAUUAAUACCUUCGUCUACUUACACAGAAAGAGAAAGCAGCAACUCUACCAAGCAAAAAUCAGAGCAAAGCUUCAUUGA